UAAAUUCGACUUUUCUCUUCUUUGAUGUGCUGAGUUUACAACUUUUUAUUACAAUGUCUUCGCUUGUUAGAGUUUGUGCAACUGUGUUCUUGUUUUACGCUUGCGGUUUGUAUGGUAGUCAUAUGACUACUAAAGCGGCAGACGCCUGUGCUCAAGCUCUUCGUGCCUUAGAGAGGAAGAUGCUUAAAAGGUUUGAUAAGCUUGAGGACGGAGUAUCCAAGUGUUGUAGACCGCCUCCAAAAGGUAAAUGAUCACACUUCAGUCGAUGGUGAGAAGUUUUCAAAACCGACCUGGAUGAAAUUAUUUCAAUUUUAUCUCAUUUUUCUCACAGAAACGUAUGCCUCCUGUCGGGAAAUUUACUUGAGUCACAAUUUUCACAAGUAAGUCAAAUCGAUCUUCGAAGUCCUUGCUGCCUUCUUUUCAACUUGUGGUUUGCGCCCGAAAUCCAUCAGAAACCAGAAGACACUCUUUGAUUGCAGACUUUUCAAACCUCGAAAAAGUAACUGAUAAUAGUUUCCACACAUUGAUCAGUGAUUUGCAAUUUUCCCUGAAAAAAGAAUCGUAUCGUAUCUGAAUUGAAGUAUGAUCUUUGAGAAGCACGGGUUUUUUAACGAAUUAUUACUUCAAGAAUUCGUUUAUGAAGAAUGGAGGUUUUUGUUAUCUUCAGUUUUGGGUGAGAACGCUUCUGUAUGAGAACGUUUUAGUUCAUUCCAAGACAAGGGCCCUUAAACAUCUCGGAGAACAGCAGCAAUUCGGUGUCAGUUUCGUUGCAUGCAGUGGCAUUUCCACUUCAACAAGAUUUUAAAUGGAAUCCAAUACCCAAAAACUGACAUAAAAUUCCAUGAAAAACUUUGAGUUUCCAGCAUCAUUAUUCUUUGAAAAGAUUCCUAAAUGACGUGGAUGAAAAGACAUUUUCUAUUUUUUUUUUUUUUACAUUUUACUGACUUGCUGUCUGUACACGUCAGAUCCGCAGGAAAUAAAGCUUAUUCGCUCAAAACUCGCGGUGGAAAAAUCCCUGUUUAUUGUCACAUGACCAGAAAUGGAAUUGGAAAAUGUGGAGGUGGGGGAUGGACGCUAGUCAUGAAAAUUGAUGGCCAUAAGGUAAAGUGGAACGCUUUUUAAAAAGAAAAAGUCGGCGAGGGUUUGAGAACCACACAUUUCGGUUCCUCUUCACCACAUAUAUUCUUAGUUUGUUUUUUCAGUCAGUUCUACUUUUAUUUUGUUGUGACAGUUCGCGCUGAUUUGCUUGCCGCUAAUUUCUUUUCCGAUUUCACCCUUCAAACAUAUGCCUAAUUUUAGAGAAACACCUCUGGCGGGAGAAUCGCUGAAUUAGACUUAUCUUUUCAACGGAUAUUUGCAAACAGGUAAUAUGAAGAGCAGAUUAAAUAUUGACAAUAACUUUUCCCUUUCUUUUUUAGCAAACAUUCCAUUACGAUUCUAGUUAUUGGACCAAAAAGACCUCCUUCAAUCCUCAAGGAGGAGCAACUGGGUUCGAUUAUCGCCAGACCAAGCUACCUACCUACUGGAGUACACCAUUCUCCAAGAUCUGCCUCGCUAUGAAACUCGGUACAGAGAUGAGAUCAUUUGUCGUCCACAUGCGAGCCAACUCUUUACAUUCGCUGAUCGCUGAUGGGAAAUAUCGAAAGACAUCCAAGGGUAGAGACACGUGGAAGUCGUUGAUUGGUCGGAGAGCAUCGUUACAGGAACACUGCAACAGAGAAGGGUUCAACGUAAUGAGUGACUCGGGACCAGGCUCGAGUAAGGCCAGGAUCGGAAUUCUUAGUAACAAUGAAAACAACUGCUGGAGCUGUGACUCGAGGAUAGGUUUUGGCACAGGGAGCCCAAAAUGGAGAUUCCUUAACUCCAACACGUGCGGCAACUCGCACGGCUAUGACGCUAAGGUUCAGAUCAAAACCAUGGGGUACAUUCUGGUGCAGUAAAGUAUGAAGAUAUAAGUCAUCUACAUCCACUGUUUGAUUGAUACACAAGUUCAGCACUAACUCGUUUUGAUUGUGUAGAAUUGAAAGCAACAAAUAAAACGAGGAAUGGUAU